AUGGAAGACGGCGACGAGAGCGCGGUGGCGGAGGCGGCACUGGGGCUGAACCCGCAGCUUUUCGUCGACGAGGUCCACGGCAUCAUUGCCGACAUCAGCGCCGGGGCCUUCGAGGCAGCGGCCGCACCAGGGGUCCUCGGCGCCGCCAAGGCUGCAGAGAAGGCCACUGAUCUCCAGCGGGGAUUAAAUGCUAUUCACCAUAUCGUAAAGGAUCGACUGGAUAAGAGAAUGGCCAACUGGGAGAAAUUCUGCUUACUGCAUUGCUUCGAUGUGCCCAAAGGUUUUGUGGCCGCUGAAGAUGAUAAUUCUUGUGCAAAAGAAUCACACAAAGAUGAGACUUCAGAUUUGGAUUUGGAACUUGACUCCUUAAGGAGAAAGCUUGAAAGUGCUAACAUGGAGUCUCAAAAUCUUGAAAGAGAGAUGUCGUCAUUGGAAAGGCAAACUACAUACAAAGGAAAACUUGAUUCUUCUGUCUCUGAGAUACAAAAGUUGUUUGAAGACAAAUCCGUGCAGGAAAAUUUUGAAGGUCUUGUGAAGGCAAUACCGGUAUUGCAGCAGAAAAUAAUAGAUAUGAGCAAGAAAAGGACUGCGACCACGUGUUUGGUAGAUCAACAGGUUUGGAACACGAACAGUUUGACAGACAACAAGCGACAAACACUGGAUAAGAGUUUUACUGCACGUGCUGAAGACAUUCAAGAUGUCGUCAGUAUCUUACAGAACAAGAGUCAUGUGGGGCCGCCAUUACUCCCACAGGGAGCGCAGGACCAGGGCCGCAGACACCUAGGUGGCGCCAGCAACAGCAACAUUCCAGGGAACAGCAAGAAGGCAAUUAAAGAGGGCAAGAAAUAA